CCCCAAAAAAAAAAUUACACGUUCUGACCACGACCAGUCCCCCCUCCCCCCCCCCCCCCCGGCGCUCUAUUUAUUGCUGCACACUAAGUCCAUUCUCUCUUCUAUUUCACCUCAUUAUAAUUAUUUCAUUUUCAUAAGUCUUUUGCCAAAAUAUUCCUCGGUCUCCUCCGGACUUACCGAUGUCUAAAAAAAUGUCAAGUUUGCAGAUCAACCAACCUUAAAUGGACAAGAAGUGUUAUUUGCUUGCUGAGUGACAUGCUGUCAGUCGUCGAUUGUUUUCUAGAGUAAUCAGCUUCAGUCCCAUAUCUGCCUUUCUGUGUAAGAAACACUGAAGUUAAAUUACUACAAGAUGUAUGGUGGAGUUGAAUGUGACGAAUCGGCAGAGGACCUGGAGCUGGAACGCUAUGGAUUGACGGAAGGACAGAACUCCGGAUCAGGCGAGUCGGACACAGAGGAGGCCCUCUAUAGGCAAGUUCAUUAUAACAUCAUCAAUGAUCGCAAUAUUCAAAGCACCAAAGAUGGUGAUGCACAGUCGGCUAGAUCUGAUGAAUGUCCACCAACUACAAAAACGGCAUCUUCUUUGAGAACUCUGGGGAACAGUGAUAGUUAUGAAGUAACUGUGAUUAGCAAUGGCAUUUUAAUUGCUUCUGAUGAUGAUGAUGGAUGUGACAGGAAGAGAGAAGAAAGUGAUAGUAAGUACAGAGUGUGUCAAGGAAACAAGUUAAAACUUGAAGAUGUACAGAGUAGCCGAAAGACGAAAACUGCUGUCGUCAUAAGGGAUGACUCCGAGUCCGAUAUCGUACUCUUGGAUGUGAAAAGCAAACCCAAAGGUUUCAAAAGCGAGGGAAAAGUGGAUCAAGAAAAGAAGAGGCCAAAGAAAAGAUCAUGGAAGACGAAUUCAGAUGAUGAGAAGACAAAGACCGCCAGGCUAGAUCGAAGCAGUUGGUCUUCGGCGGUUCCUGUAGCAGAUUCCUCAUCCUCAGAUGCCAGAGCUUCAGAGGUGGUAGUGGUCGCUGAUGACUCCUCAUCAAGCUCUGUAAUACUGCUGGACUCUGAGAAAAGCGAAGGGGAUGUGACACAAACUAAACAGCUUCCUAAAAAGGGUGGUGGGGAGUAUUUCCUGGACAGCAAAGGUAUGGCCUUAGAGGAUGUCAGCAGGGAAAAGGACAGUGCUGAGGAGGGAUGGAAGGCAGAGCGGUUAAAGACGAAAGCAAUGUUGAAGGAAGGCAUUGACGUCAUCAAUCUCAGCAGUGAGGAAGAGGAUUGUAUGGUCAUCGGGUCUUGUAGCGAGGAGGAAGGUUUGCAUGUCCAUUUUGAUGAGAUGGGAGAUCAGAUUCCUCCUGAUGCAGAGGGUUCUUUGAUAAGUAAGAGGAAAGCCAGAAAGAAGGAACGUGUAGUACCUGGGCGUUACUUUGUUCAGUCGAUGGUGAAGCAUAUCCGGUGUUAUAACUGCAAUGAGAUGGGACAUAAUAAAUCGGAAUGUCCGCAGCCCCCUCAUAUUCCCGCCUGCAUACUGUGCGGGACAAGGGGUCAUACUGACCGGAGCUGCCCUCAUGCUCUCUGCUUCAAUUGUUCCUUACCUGGUCACCAAUCCAAGGCUUGCCCGGUCAAACGACAUAUCCGCUAUGCCUGGUGUACUAGAUGUCAGAUGCAAGGACAUCUAAGGAAGACGUGCCCUGACCAAUGGAGACAGUAUCUUUUAACAACAGAACACGGUCCUAUCAUCAAACCAACUCGAAUACACCACCCACUCAAACAGAAGGCUGUCUACUGUAGCAACUGCAGCCAGAAAGGUCAUAGAUAUUAUGACUGCCAUUCAGAGAGAUUUGAUGAGUUUGUCACAUUCACAUACGACAAGGUGUGUGUCUAUGACAGGAAACACAUCGGGAAGAUGAUUUACCCGGAGGAGCACAAGAACGCUGAGUAUCUACAACUCUUAAAAGGUCGAAAAGGUGAUGCCUCAUUAAGUAUAACAAAGACAAAGGGAAAGAGAAGCAUCACUGAGGUAGUUUCAUCCAGUGUCACCAAGGAAGCCACGAUAAGUAGCACUCAGGAAGCUAACUUGCUUAACACCAAGAAAGGAAAGUUCACCCAGGAAGAUGAACAGGAGGAAGAAACUACUCAAAGUGAUGAUAUAGAAGUCGUGAGCAUCGAGAAAGCACAGACGAGCAAGAAGGAGAUGCUUAACCCUGUCAAGACAUUUGUGAGGACACGGUUGUUUGGAGGUAGGAGAGGACGUGGUUGGGCAGAACAGGAAGUAGAAAUGAUCCCAAGUAAGGAAAAGAUGGAUGCAGUGACGGCACCCGACGGUUUGUUUGGAGGUAGGAAAGGAUGUGAUUUGGCAGAACAGGAAAUACAUGUAGAUAUGAUCACAAGUAAGGAAAAGAUGGAUGCAGUGACGGCACCCGAAGGUUUGUUUGGAGGUAGGAAAGGACAUGAUUGGGCAGAACAGGAAAUGGAUAUGAUCACAAGUAAGGAAAAGAUGGAUGCAGUGUCGGCACCCAAAGGUGGAAAGAUAAAACUGACAAGGGCACAGAAGAAGGAGCAGCAGAAAGCGUUGAAAGCGAUGAGAAAGGGGGCGAAUAACCCUGAGGAUGCAGCGCGGGAUUUCACUGAAGCAAAGCAACUAAAACACUCGGCAGUCAAGGCAAUGAAUGUAUUGAAGAGAGAAAUCAAAGCUAAGCUUAAGGCAACGAAGGGUCAGGUUGCUUUUCUUGGUGAAGUCACUGAUUCUAUGUCAAAAUUUGAAAAGAAGGCAAUGAAGAAGAAACUGAAAAAGAAAGAAAAACAAGAGGUUCAAUUAGUCUUGAAUGAGAGAAUCAAAAGUGAUGUAAAGGUUAGGGAAAUGAACCGAGUGUGUAAAGAAUCUAAGAAGCUGUUUCGUGAUGCGAAAAAGUGGAAACAAGAAGUGGAUGGCAGGGCCAGAAGAGCCCUAGGUAUACCUAAAAAACGGAAACGUCCUGUACUACGUAAAGAUGCUGUAGGAUAUAGCGUACCGCAGCGGGGUUUCAACAUUGAUGCAAGAUUGGUCGAAGGCACACACCAGGACAAUCUAUGGACAAAGCCUCAAGGAGAUCUUUGGGAACAAGACUUUCCUAGAAACAAUACUCCAUAUGACUUCACCAAUCGGUUGUUUACCACUGGCCCUGUCACAAUCGAUCCAUUUUAUAGCAACAGUUCUGUCAGUCAUAGUCAAACUGCCGCCUUUAACCAUAAUCAAACCAACUAUGCUGCCUUUGACAGUGGCCAAGACUUUACAGAUCUAUUGUUUUCCAAUCGACCUGUCACAUCGAAUCCAUCUUAUGGCAACGGUCCUGGCUUCCAUGGACAGACGUAUAACAACAAUGCUGCCUUUGACCAUGAUCAAGACUUUACAGAGGGUCUGCAGUCAGGGAAUCAAAGCUUGACAAUCGAGGUUUCUUGUGGGAAGAAGAAGAAAAACAGAAGGAGAAAACGAAAUCGAAAGAACAAGCAAGGUGGUCAAACGGGAUAAUUAGAAAUCAAUGUAGGACAAAUCAAUUCAAGAUGAGUGUAAACGUUAGUUUAUUGACCUACCUCCUGAAUGAUACAUUUUACUUUGAUUGAGAUCAUCUGCAGCUGCCUCAAGUGCCUUUUAAUCUUAUCACCUAUUUAUUUUCCACAUCAUUUUGCAGCCAAUCCACAAUGCGUUUUAAUAUACAUUUAUUCUCCUUAUCUGUUUCGAUUAUGCCUAAUUUUUUCCUCAAUGUGAUAUUUCGCCCACUGAUUUUCAGUAACAAAUGAAUUAUUCAUUUGAUCAUGUCAGUACAAUACAAGGCCUUGUGAGUAGAACUAUUUCGUAAUCAAUUCUCCAUUUCAUGUUGUCUACCUAUCGGUGUUUUAUGAAAGCGGACUUUGGAGAAUCUUGAUGCAAAUACAGUACCUUGUCAUAAAUCAAUCAGGAAGAAAUUGUGAAUUUUUGUUUUAAAAAAUUCAAAUUUUAUUGAAAGAUCAGGUAUGCUUGGAAGUAUAUUGUAAAGAUUUUGUUCAUUUGGCAAGAAUUGUGCUUUGAAUUUUGUACAAAAAAUUGAAAAUUAUUCAUCUUUCAAUAUGUUGACAAUACUACAGGGUGCACAUGAUCAAAAUGUUGCAUCCUGGGUAAGGAUUUAGGCACUGUAUACAUGCCACUUUUUAAAGGACUUGAUCUGGCUUUGCUCAAAAUGGCUGUGGUUUAUUGAGUUGAUUAUGAAAAGAAAUGUGUUGCAGAUCUUCAGGCAAUAUAUAAUUUCAAUCCUGUCUUGACUCUCAGCAGUAAUAUAGGCUUAUCAUAUACACAGUAACUGUAUGUACUUGGCCAGAAGCCAUUUAUAAGUCUGAAAGUCCUAUUUCCAUCACAUAUUAUGAAACAAUAAAAUGCAGGUGGUGCUAAAAUAUGUUUAGCAAAACUGGUAAAAUUGUGUUUCUGUACCCUGCAAAAUAUAUAAAUAUUUAUAUUAUUUUUUUUUUAAAUAAUACAAUAAGAAUAAGUGACAUUCAAUAAAUAUAGAGGUAACAGCUAUAAGAGCAAAAAAGCUGUAUAGAAAUAGCUGCAACCUCAUUAUAGUACUCCAAGUGAUGUAAGAAUUCAAAGAUGAAUGUUUUUUAUUACCCCUUUAAAAAUUGGAGUACAUGUAUAUGAAUAUCAUUCUUCUUUGUAAAAAUCAUUUUGGAUUAUUUUUAUUCUGGCAUGCUUAGUUUUAUUUAGUAUCUUCUAUCUAUUUGUGUUGGUUUGUCCCUCAAGGCUAGGAUGGAGUACAUAUUUUAACCCUGCUAAUUUAUAUUGGGGCAAUCCCAUGAAAUAGUAUUUUUGUAUGACCGACCCCCCCCCCCCUUCUCCCCAUUCAUACUUCAUGAAAUGAGAGUGUUAUAGACUUUCAUAUGAACAAGAACAUACCAACAAAUCAUUUCUCAAAGUUCCAGGUAAAAAAGGACGUCAGACAUACACACACUUCUUGAAAUUGCCAAUUGGAGGUAUUUAUUUAUUUGUUUUAUAUGACCAGUGUGAGGAUUUAGUAUGUCAGGUAAAUUUGCCUAGGAAAAAAAAAAUUGGUAGUACUAAAUAAACACCACAUCCUCAAUCUACAAUUUUUAACAACUUUUAUUUGACGAGGUCAAUUUAUGUCCUUUUUGUUUGGAGGAAUAACCAUUGAAUGGUUCAAAAUUACGAAAACAUUAAAAAAAAAAAAUUCUAACUCUUCCGACAGAAUAUAUCACAGUGACGUCAAAUGUUAAAUAUUCUGUCAGGAGUGCUGUAUAUUUUAUCAUAUGAAGCAUGAAAUAAUGUUCUUCCCUAUCUGAAUUUUAAUAUUUUAAGUUCAUUAUUUCAGAAAUCGAUAGAAUUGUAAUUUGCAAUUUAUAAUAAUGUUGAUUUACAACUAUGUUUUUUUUUUUUUAUGCUAGAUGCAUUUGGUAUUGAUAUUUCAAUUCAAAACAAGAUGUAAAUCAUA